AUGGCAGACGAUAGCCAAGGGGCCAGCCCCAAGAACGAGCCGGCACACGUCGAGUCUAGCGAGGAUGCAGAGACCCGCGCUGCCCGCCGAGAGCUGAAGCAGUCGUCUAUCUCGGACCCGCCGCCUGAGGAUGCUGCGGAUUCCGGCCACGAGUCUGCCGCGGACGAAAAGCUCAAGAAGCGCGCCGAAACCCCAGCCGAAGAUGUGUCCGACGCCAAAAACGCGAGUCUGAAGGAGCAUGUUGCAUCGCCCAAGAAGAAGCGGGCCCAUGACCAGCUCGACGUGGAUAAGGAGGAUCGAGACGAGGAUGGCGCCAGCGUCGCCUCAACCGAAUCGGCCAGGGAUCGCGCGUCACGGUCGGAGCCAGAGAAGAAAAGGGCACGCGACCAGGAGGCUGGCGGGUCGUUGCCGAAACCCGCCGCCACUGAGACGCAGUCGACGACGCAAAAGGAUAGCGAUAGCGGUGACAAGCCUGCUAAGAACAAGGCUCCCGAGACUUCUGCAAGCGCAUUCGCGGCGUCGGGUUUCGGGAAGCUGGCUUCUGGGACGUCGGCGUUUGCGACCUUUGGAUCUGGCAAGCCCUCCGCUUUUGGAUCGUCCUCUAAGCCGACUCUGUCGUCUUUUGCAUCGGCGAAGCCAUCGUCCGAGUCGCAACCGGCAGCCGCGGCCGCUGCACCGAAGCUGACGUUUGGCAGCAAUGGAGGAUCCUCCCCCUUUGCCGGACUCUCCUCAUCCAAUGGGUUUGGCAGCGGACUCGGUGGAGGAUUCGGUUCCGCCUUGUCAGGAGCGAAAACUCUGUCCAGCUUCGGGGUCUCGUCAGGAAAGCCGCUCCAAAGCGCCAAGGCCUCGAAGCCGUUCGGGGCGCCAGAUAGUGACAGCGAAGGAGGAAGCGACGAGGAAGAUGAAGUGGAUGACGACGGCCAGACCGAUGCGGCACAGCGCGCACUGUCUCCGGAAAAAGAGACGGACGAUAAAAAGAGGACAAGACUUCAAAGAGUCGAGGUAGACGAUGGAGAAGCAGGAGAGGCAACAGUGGUGUCGGUCCGAGCAAAGAUGUUCAGCCUCGACAAGGAGACCGGCUGGAAAGAGCGCGGAGCGGGUAUGCUCAAGAUCAAUGUGCCUCGAAGCUGUGUCGACUACGACAACAACGGAACGCCCGUGCCUGGCAGCUUCGAUGCGUCUGGCCUCGAGGCAGACGAAGAAGCCGGGGAGGAUGCGGGUGGCCAUAAGGUGGUUCGCCUUCUCAUGCGGCAGGACCAGACGCACCGUGUCAUUUUGAACACGGCCAUCGUCCCCGCCAUGCAAUUCCAGGAAAAGGCGUCGUUGAAGUCGGUGGGCAUUCUGUUCACGGCUUUUGAGGGCCCAGAGGCCAAACCCAUGUCCGCUGCUAAUGCCCGGACCUUCAUGAACGAGAUUGGCAUGGUGCAGAAGGAACUCCGAGGAAACUAA